GCGGCUCCGCGCCAGUGGCGGCGCCCAGCGGAGGCCGCUCAUAAUCCCUGGCAGCGCUCCGCCGCUUGCGGCUUCAGGCACGCGUUCCGCUUGGUCGCGGCGAGCGGGAGCCUUCCCCUUCCUUCGCGCAGGGUCGCGAUGCGGUGCUGGGUGGUCGCCGCUUUCCUGCUGCAGAGCAUCGCCGGUUCGGGCGUCCUCGCCACAGGGAGGAGAAAUGUGGACCCCGAAACGAACAUGAACAUCAGUCAGAUUAUUACCUUCAGGGGAUACCCUAGUGAGGAGUAUGAAGUGACAACACAGGAUGGGUAUAUCCUUUCUGUUAACAGAAUUCCUUAUGGAAGAAAAGGCCGCCAGAAGAGUGAAGGUCCAAGGCCUGCUGUGUUUCUGCAGCAUGGUUUGCUUGCAGAUGCCAGCAAUUGGAUCACAAACUUGGAUUACAAUAGCCUUGGCUUUAUGCUGGCAGAUGCUGGCUAUGAUGUAUGGCUGGGAAACAGCAGAGGGAACACCUGGUCCAGGAAACAUACACACUUCACAGUGAAGCAAGAAGAAUUCUGGGUUUUCAGCUUUGAUGAAAUGGCUAAGUAUGACAUUCCAGCCUCGGUGGACUUUAUUUUGAAGAAGACUGGCCAGGAACAAGUAUUCUACGUUGGCCACUCCCAGGGUACCACAAUGGCUUUCAUUGCUUUUUCAACUUUGCCACAGCUGGCUAAGAAAAUCAAAAUGUUCUUUGCCUUGGCACCAGUAGCUACAGUCAAGUUUGCCACUAGCCCUCUGGUAAAAUUGGGAAUUUUUCCUGACCUGCUACUCAAGGACAUGUUUGGGAAGAAACAGUUCCUUCCCCAGAAUUCUUUGAUGAAGUGGCUUGCUACCCAUGUUUGCACCCACAGAAUACUUGAUGACCUCUGUGGCAACUUAUUCUUCCUUCUGUGUGGUUUUAAUGAGAGAAACUUGAAUAUGAGCCGAGUGGAUGUAUAUUCAACACACUGCCCUGCAGGAACAUCUGUCCAAAACAUGAUCCACUGGAGCCAGGCUGUGAAGACUGGGGAACUCAAAGCUUAUGACUGGGGAAGCAGGGCUGCAAAUAUGGCUCACUACAACCAGACUACUCCCCCUUUCUACAAAAUAAAAGAGAUGACUGUACCAACUGCAGUGUGGACUGGUGGACAGGACUGGCUGGCAGACCCAAAGGAUAUUGCUAUGCUGCUCACUCAGAUCACAAACAUGGUGUACUACAAAAAUAUUCCAGAAUGGGAACAUUUGGAUUUCAUCUGGGGCCUUGAUGCACCUUACCGCAUGUAUAAUGAAAUAAUUAGUAUGAUGAGGAAAUAUCUCUAAACCAGCAUUGGUAAUUCAGAGUACUAGCUCACGAGGAUUUCGUCCUUUUGGAACAUAUGCUUUUCUGUCAGUAAUGCUGUAUUGUUUAUUUAUGAUGCAUUUUUAAAAUGCCAGCGAUAAGUACCAUUGAAUUGGAUUCAUAUUUGGUUUGUUUUUCUCAGUAUUACUUCUCUCUCCUGUGCAAAGAUCCUCAUUGUAUCCUGCUGAUUUUGCACACAGGGGCAUGAUACUCAAAACACAGCAGGAUGACUUUGCACAAAAGGAGUAUGUCAUGUGCAUAUAAAUGUAAUGACAUGUCUGAAAGACGAGUUAGUCCAAUCAGCACCUCAGGUGCUUGACAAUUAAAACAGCAAGUAUUCCACUGUGCAUAAAGCACUCCCAUUUCUCAGUACAUUGCCAUUUCUGAGUACCUUUCAGAAGUAUUCUUUGUACUGCGGUGACCCAUUUGGUGCUGGUACUUUAAAAAGCACUUAGUGACUUUUUGCUGCAUGAUUAUUUUUGUCAUCUAAAUGUGAACUAGCUACAUCAGGUGACUUUCUUCUUCAAUAUUGCCCAGAACUGCCCUGAAGCCAGAGAAGAUUGCCAUUGUGAGUUAAAAUCUCCUAUUUCGGGGUGAUUCAUUGCUGCAUUUUUCUUGGUGUCCCUGAAGCUUUCCAUGUUUCACUUACCAGCUGUGGAUGAGGGAUGUUAUUUGCCCUUGCAGAUUGCUGGGACGUGAGAUGUGGUUAAAAGAAAUGCCACUUUCAGUUAGCUCUGGCAAUAGACUGUGGAUUUCAAGGAGUGUGAUGUGACAUACUCUUGUUUUGUUUUCUUUGCACUGACCACUGCAAAACAAGCUCCCACAGUAUCCUACUGAUGAGGGAAGAGACAAGGUAUUAAUCUAUAGCUUGAAUGACUUAAUUUGUAUGAGUUUUUCCUUGUAAUGAUCUGCUGCUUUGAAGAUCUGUUUACUUAUUAGCUGCUCGAUACUUGCCACCAUUGUGUUCAGGACCUGUGCAACACUGGUCAAGCCUGGCAGUAUUAACAGAAGUUUCCAUUUGUCUCAGUUUCCACUUUUGAGUGGGACAUAGCACUCAUUUAAUGGGGGGAGAGGAGUCACAUCUGCUUCAGAGCUCUGACUAUGGAGCUGUACUUGUAGUGUAUGUGCCUUGCUCUUUCUGUUGACUAUACAGAGGAUGUUGGCUCCUCUGAAUUGCACACAAGUUCCAUGCCAAACAUAGAUGUGUGACCAAUCUCCAGAGUCAGUUGCCUCAGUCCAGAUGUUACUUUCUAUGCCACAGCUGGACUCAACCCAGAUUUCCAUCAAUAAUGCCAACAGAAUAAAAAACCUUUUCUAAAUGAUAUAGAAAAUGCUGCUUUUUAAACUGAGGCAAGCCUUUUUCUGUAAAAAGAAAAAAAACCCAAAACCAAACCAAAACCAACCAACCUACCAAAUAAAAACCAAAAUAAAAAAUUGCAAACAGGUGCAUAAGCCAUACAUUGAGAUUUGUUUGGUUUUACUUUUGGGUUUUUUUUUAAUUCCUAAUUCAGACUCAGGGAAUCCUCAGGCUUUGUUUAAGGAAACAGUCAUCCAUGAUAUUUCAAUUGUGAUUCCUAACAGGACCUCUAAUUUUGCUUUAUGUUUGUAGCAGUCAUAUUUGCUUCACCUUGCUGUGCUGAAAGAAAGAGUUUCCAUAGAAAUCUAAAGUCACUAACUUAGCAGUUGUGAGGGUAUGUGAUACAGCAAGAGCCACAUGCAUCAUCUGUAUUGAGCUUGAGAUAUUUCAAUAAACUCUGCUUGGAGUUUGGA